GGCUCCCGCGGCUGCGGGCUCGGCGACGCGGCCCCGGGGCAGGCAGCGAGGCCGGGCCGGGCCGUGGCGCCCCGCGCCUCUCCCGCCAGGCCCGCCAUGCAGGGCCCUUUCGGGAACGCGAGCCGCGGGGUGCCGGGCGGGCCGCCCUCCACCACGGCGGCCGGGGCGGGCCGCUGCGAGAGCGGCGCGCUCAUGCACAGUUUCGGCAUCUUCCUGCAGGGGCUGCUCGGCGUCGUGGCCUUCAGCACGUUGAUGCUCAAGCGCUUCAGAGAACCAAAGCAUGAAAGGCGGCCAUGGAGGAUAUGGUUCUUGGACACAUCCAAACAAGCCAUUGGCAUGCUCUUCAUCCACUUUGCCAACGUGUACCUGGCAGACCUCACCGAAGAGGACCCAUGCUCACUGUACCUCAUCAACUUCCUUCUGGAUGCCACUGUGGGCAUGCUGCUCAUCUAUGCCGGUGUGCGUGCCGUCAGCGUCUUGGUAGAGUGGCAGCAGUGGGAGUCCCUGCGCUUUGGCGAAUACGGAGACCCCCUGCAGUGUGGAGCCUGGUUCGGGCAGUGCGCGUUGUACAUCGUGAUCAUGAUUUUUGAGAAGUCUGUCGUCUUUAUCGUCCUCCUGUUCCUGCAGUGGAAGAAGGUGGCCCUGCUGAACCCCAUUGAAAAUCCCGACCUGAAGCUGGCCAUCGUCAUGCUGAUCGUCCCCUUCUUUGUCAACGCUCUGAUGUUCUGGGUAGUGGACAAUUUUCUCAUGAGGAAGGGGAAGACGAAAGCGAAGCUGGAAGAAAGAGGGUCCAGCCAGGACUCGAGGAACGGGAGCAAGGUCCGCUACCGGAGGGCCGCAUCCCACGAGGAGCCCGAGGCUGAGAUCCUGAUCUCGGCUGACGAUGAGCUGGAAGAGUCAGACGUGGAGGAGGACCUCUGCAGGCUGACCCCACUCAAGCCCGGGAAGAAGAAGAAGCACCGCUUCGGGCUGCCCGCUGACGCUCAGGAGACCCCCAUCAAGAAAAAGCGGCCCCCUGUGAAGGAGGAAGACCUAAAGGGGGCCCGAGGUAACCUGGCCAAGAACCAAGAGAUCAAAUCCAAGACCUACCAAGUCAUGCGAGAGUGUGAGCAAGCCGGCUCAGCCGCCCCGUCCGUGUUCAGCCGUGCCCGCACUGGGACCGAGACGGUCUUCGAGAAGCCCAAGGAUGCACCUGCCAAGAGUGUCUUCGGCUGAGAGGUGCCCCCCCCAGCCCCCACUCCCAACUCUGCCACCGCGAACGUCUCGACGCAAGAGUCUUGCCUAAGGACUCUGCAGCAUGCCAGCGUGCUCUGCCCACCUGCGGGCUCCCUGCCUCCAUCACCCUGGCCCUCCGCACCCUGCAAACACCAAUAAAGAGGGUGCCCCGAGAGGCCCUGGCACC